CCAAAAGUGAAGAAAUUAAAUCAACCGCAGAUAACUUAAAGUUUAAGCGAAAUGCAUUCUGUGGGUAUCCAUUCGGCUAUGGCAAUAAAACGCCAACGUAAACGACGUGAUGAACAGAAACGUGCGCGAGAAAGACGUUACAGUACGCAGAGUUCCGAAAGUGGAGAAACAUUUCAUUCGCCAAGUGGUUCCUUUCGACGUAAAUUUCAUCAUGCACAUAGCGUUGCUAAGCCUGGACCAGGCAUGUUGGACAGCCAGGUUGUCACCAGCAUCGGUAUGCUGCACAUUGGUAUCGUAUUUAUAGUAUUUGGUGUAUUCUUAUGCGGUGCUGGUAUUAUACCAGAUGAAACUAUGUCCUGGAAUGUGUUCAGUAGCAGCUCGGCAUGGUGGAAUGAAGUUACUUGCACUGGGCUUUUCUCGCUUGGAUUGGGACUAUUUUUACUUGUACUGAAUUGCUUGAUUAGCCGCAAGGAAGAAGAAGAUCUCGAAGAUUAUGUGCAACGACAACUAACUAGAUCACGAUCUGGUCAUCGUCUGGAACGUGAUGUCGAAACUGGUGUGCUAACUACACGCCACGCACGGAAAGCAGUAGCUUUACAAAAGAACAUGCGCAAUGGAACUGCCACGGACGUAGCACUUGUGAACAGCGCAUCGGCGGAAGAAGUAGCAAAUGGUCCGUUAUCAGGGCGUAACUGUUUAGCCAACACCGGUGAUAUAGUGCUCGAGAAAAUCGUGGAGGAAGAUAAUACGUAUAUUAAUGAUCGUAGCGCUGGCAUAUCUCCGAUAGAUAUUGAGAACGAUACCAAGCAAUUGCUGAGAAGAGAAUCAUUAAAUGAAACAAUCAAUAUAACACGAAUAUAAAACGUAAUGAUGCAUCUACACUUUAAUACUUGUAAACAAAAAUAUGGAAUAUUUUACUAUUUAUUAUAAAGACUUUUAUUUAAACUUAAGCCUUUAAACUAUAAGUGAAGUAUUUAAAUUAAAAAAAAAAAAUACAAAAUAUAUGUAUUUAAAAUAGUUUAACAAAAAUCCCAUGUGACCAUAUUUUUUAACAAAUGUCUUUUAUAAGUAUUUUCGUAUUUGCAUGUAUACUUAAUUAAUAUGUAAAACUUAAACCAUAAGAAAUAUACACACAAAAAUAUGAGUAUCGAUUUGUCGUGCAUAUGCCUAAACAAAUAAUGGUUUAAUUUACUUUAAUUAUAAUGAAUAGCAGUAUAGUAGAUUAUACAUUCACACUUCUAUAUAUUAAACCAAAAAGAACUUCUCGAACAACUUUAAAUUAUGUACUAAAGGAAUACACACACUGCACUUUGAAAUUCAUAUGACUUUAAGCAAACACAAUUUAUUAAAUGCCGAAUUAUAUUAAAAUAGCACAACAAAGCAAAUUUGCAAAACGAUACACACAUACACACAUAUACAUACAUAUGUAAAUGUAUAAAAUAUCAUUGAUGCGUAAACGUAAUCAUACGAACCGUAAAUAGUUUCAACACUUAUCAUGUAUAAACUUGCUAAAACUGGAAAUAUUAUAAUUAAAUGGAAGUUACGAUUUAUUACAAAUAGGCAAAGCAGUAAAAAAUAAUAAUUGCACAAUUCAAACUCAUGUGAAAAGACUUUUAAGUAUAUACUAAAUAUAUAUGUAUAAAAUUAAUAAAAAAAAAAAUUAAAAAAUAAUCCAAUAUAGCUCUAACUAAACUAUAUCUAACGCAUAAACUAUGCCAUAUACAGACAUACAUGUAUAUAUUUUAUAACGCUCUAGUUAAAACUCAAAUAUGUAUAUAAUAUACCAACUAGAUCUACAAAUAUUUUCGCAUUAUUUAUCAACAGCCUUAGUGCUUUAGCAUCAUUCGUCAUUAAGCGAUUGCCUAACUGAUAAUAUUUAAUUAUACAUUAUACGCAACAUUUAUAUGCAUAUUAUUUUUUAAACUGUAAUAUAAUUUAAGUUUAUAAAUUUUCUUUAUUUCUUAAGCAUAAUUAGUCUGUAAUCUUUUGGAGAACAUACUAGUUGUAGAGGUUAGUUGAGAUAUACGCACUGACACAUAUAUUAUAACUUUAAUUAAUCCUUUAAUUAGAUAUUAUUAUAAAUGCUAAUAUUGCAUUUAACUUUGUAAUUUAUAUUAUAUAAAAAUAUAUUUCAUUUACUAAAAAUAUUAAAAUGUUAAUUAUUUUCACUUUAUACCGUUAUGCUUUUCCCGAGAUUCGCUGUCUUUGCUGUGUUUUCUAACUGAUAUCGACCUGUAAAAGUUUCGAAUACUAUUUUAAUUAUUAACAUUUAUAACUGCUAGACAUCAAAGAAUAUAACUGAAACAAACUUUAAUGAAACAAGAUCUGAAAAGCAUAAAAUUAUGAUUUAGUGUGAACUUACUACUCUGCUAUUAUUAUUUGAAAUCAGAUCAGAGAAUAAAUCAUCCUAUAGUUUUUUAUAGCAAAAAUAUAUUUAGAAUUUUUUUUCUAAUUUUUAAGCUUUUUUUGCCAAGGGGCGGCCCGGCCCAUAUAGCCCAGUUAGGCUAUUGCCAAUGGCGAGAGAGUUUUAGGACGGCAUUUUUUAUAUAUUAUAUAUAUAAUAUUCUUUACAUAUUUUAUUUAUUUAUUUAUCAGCAAAUUUUUAUUUUAAAACAAUUGAAUUUUCCAAAUUAAAGGCACACACGUAUUUAACUAAUAAACUUAUUUCUUAUACGAUCAAUUAUUAUCUUUUUAAAUAAUUAAGUUAAACCUUUAGAAUAUGAUUAUUUUUGUUAAAUAAAAUGACUUGAAUCAUUUUUAAAAUUUAUAAAUUUUGUUGCUAAGACAAGCAUUUACCACACUAAAUUGUCUCGGACCGGCCCUGUUUAUUGCAAAGCUAAGUAAAAAUAAAGUUUGAAGCCAUUUAACCAUAAAUAAAAAUUGUAAACACUGCCCAGAGCCAAUAAAAACGCGACAUUUCUUCAGAAUUUUAAUUUACAUACAUACAUAUGUAUGUAUGAAUGUUGCUUUCAAAAUUUAUUUAGUGCAAAUAUCUUUCUGCAGCAGCUUCGUUUGCUAUACAAAUAAUACUUUUUGGGUUUUGAGAAACUGUCAUUCUUGCUUUACGUCACAUAUGUAUGUAUAAUCCGUUUCUACUAUCUUUCGUUAAAAAUUUUUAAUAUGGGCGAAAAAAGAAAGAAGCUAUACGAGAAAUUGAUUUUGAUCGUUCAGUAUGUAUGGCAGAAAAUUAUACCGUUGCCUUUGGCAAUAAUCCAUGACAAAUUUCAAAAAAAGAUAUCCAAGAAUGAUAGAAUAGUAUUCGAAAUAAAAUAAUAUUUUAUCAUUCUUGAUGACAUCUCGUUAAAUAAAAAAUCAACACAGUUUUGAUGUCGACGCCAUUAAAAGCUAUUACAAUGACUACAAUAACCAAAAAAACUAGUUUCUUAGAAAGGCUAUUUUUUCAAUAUAUGAAUUAACAAAUGAACUACCUUUUUUUUUAGAAAUAUUUAUUAGCUACUUGAAUCUGUGAAUUAGACAAUGAACGAUAAUCCCCCCUUCCUCUCCUAAUAUUAUCAAGUGUGAUUGCUGAUGUUAAUAUUUUACUUAACAAAAUGCUUUUCGUUUUGAAAAAAGAUGAUAACUUGUACCACUAUAUUGAUAAAAGAAAAACUUGUUGCAAAAAACUUCACUAUAAAAUAAAACAAUCAACAAAAAAGUUAUAACAGCCUUUUUAUUUAAAUUUAAGUCUUAAAGUAAUAAGUAAAAUGUUUAAAUUGAAUUAUGCGAUAGCUCGUGAAAUAUCCAAUAUUAGUAUAUUUUAAUAACAUGUUUUUAUAACUAUUUUCAUAUAUCCUUAUAGAUCCUAACAAAAAAAAUCAAGUAAACAUCACUAAAAUAAUUAUUAAAUGAUGUGAGACAUAAAAUCGCCAUUGGUACUACAU